AGAAGGAGAAGGGCAGAUAUAGCGUGCUUUUAGUUCAGCGGGGUGAACUAAUACAGAAAGAGAGAAAUAGCCAUGGAGUAAUGGGAAAUAUUUCGAGUCUACUCAGCUGCAGUUCGGAGGGACACUGAGAGGCUUGUGUGAGGUGUGUAAGCUGAGAACUGGCAGGGAUGAACUGAAAAGACGACAAAGUGGACAUCUUUUCUCCUUCGCAGUGGAUAUCACAAAACCACACCAAAGACUUUUUACUCUAAAUACAAACCCUGAGACAGUGGACAUUAAACCACAUCGACCAGUGGCUCCUUUAUCAAACAUAAUGAUCUUCACUAACUCUCUCACCUCAGCAACAAUGCUGCAUUAACAGAUUUUCCUCUUCAUCUUGGAUCUUGCUGGAAUUUAAACACUCUGUCCAAUGCUUACCUGUAAGCUUUGGAUGCAAGCCCAUUUCCAACCUGGAAAUAGUCAGCUUUCUGAACUUUUCACAAGCUUUUUUUUUUAAACAGCUAUUCCCUGAUGAACACAAGGGAAUAUGUCACUCUGUUUCUGGUGGCCUCCUGUUUCCUGUUGGACUACACCUCCCAAGUCCCCCUGCAGGCUCAGCUUCAGAGCAGAACUAAAGCUGGAGUGAUGUCAUCCAGGGGUGGGACUGGAGGUACAACUGUCGGGGAACCUUUGAUGGAAGUGAUGUCAUUAGAGGGCAAGACAACACUAAGGAGACAUGGGAGGUCAAGAAUCCAGCGUAUUAAAAGAGGAUGGGUCUGGAACCAGUUCUUUGUUCUGGAGGAGUACAUGGGAUCUGAUCCACAGUAUGUUGGAAAGCUCCACACAGAUAUGGACCAUGGAGACAAUGCCGUCAAAUACACUCUGUCAGGAGAAGGAGCCGGGUCCAUCUUCACCAUUGAUCAAAUUACUGGUGAUAUACAUGCACUGGUGGGGCUCGACAGGGAGGAAAAAUCCUUCUACACACUGAAGGCCCAAGCUGUUGACAUACACACCGGUGUCCCUCUGGAACCAGAGUCUGAGUUCAUCAUCAAGGUGCAGGACAUUAAUGACAAUGAGCCACGAUUUCCUGAUGGCCCCUACAGUGCCAGUGUCCCUGAGAUGUCUCCAACAGGAACCUAUGUGACACAGGUGACUGCCACAGAUGCAGAUGACCCCACUUAUGGCAACAGUGCACGUAUUGUCUACAGCAUCCUUCAUGGCCAACCAUAUUUUUCUGUCGAUCCCAAGACGGGAGUGGUCAGAACAGCUCUACCCAACAUGGACCGUGAGGUAAAAGGAGAGUACCAGGUUCUUCUCCAGGCCAAGGACAUGGGAGGUCAGCUGGGGGGGCUGGCCUCCACCGCCACCAUCAACAUCACCCUCAGUGACGUCAACGACAACCCGCCUCGCUUUGCUAAGAGUAUUUUCCAUCUGAGGGUGCCAGAGUCGGCGUCGGUUGGCUCAGCAGUGGGUCAAAUUCGGGCCCACGAUCUGGAUGCUGGCAGCAAUGCAGAGGUGGAGUACGCUAUUGUUCCAGGAGACGAGGGCAACAUGUUUGACAUCAUCUCUAAUGGCCAAAGUCAAGAGGGAGUUAUAGUCUUGAAAAAGACUCUAGACUAUGAAACCAAAAAGUCAUACACCUUCAAAGUCGAGGCAUCCAAUUCACAGCUGGACCCCCGUUUCCUUCACCUUGGACCCUUCAAGGACUCAGCAACUGUCAGGGUGAAUGUCAUGGAUGUGGAUGAGCCUCCUGUCUUUACCAAACCUUCCUACGCUGUGGAUGUCUAUGAGGACACUCCUCCAGGAACCAUCAUUGCCUCGGUGACAGCUCACGACCUGGAUGCCAGCAGCAGCGCUGUCAGGUAUUCGUUGGAAUGGCACAUAGAGUCAGACAGCUGUUUUGAUAUUGACACAGUUGAAGGAACAAUUUCCACUAAUGAAUACCUGGAUCGAGAGACAGAUGUUCAGCACAAUAUCACUGUGGUGGCAACCAAAGUCAACAACCCUCUGCUGUCUGCCAAAGUCUCUGUGACAGUCAACGUCCUUGAUGUGAACGAGUUCCAUCCAGAGCUGGCGAUUCCUUCCGAUACGUUUGUCUGUGAAAAUUCCGGAGUCGGACAGGUAAUCCAGACAGUCAGUGCUGUUGACAAGGACCUUCCUCCAGUUGGCCAGAGGUUCUUCUUCAAGUCCCCAAAGGAGCUUCGCAACAGAAACUUCACUGUUCGAGACUUUGGAAACAACACAGCUGGCAUUGUGACUCGUCGCUCGGGCUUUCAACAGCGGCUGCAGGAUGUCUAUGUUCUUCCUGUUGUGGUUGAGGACAGUGGCUACCCUGCCCAGAGCAGCACAGCCACCCUCACCAUCCGAGUGUGUUCCUGUGAGGUGGGAGGCUCGCUGCUUACUUGUUCUGCUGAGGCUAUCUUCCUGCCUGUGGGCCUCAGCACUGGAGCUCUGAUGGCUAUUCUGCUAUGUGUAGCUCUGCUGACUGUUAUGGCAGCAUUAUACAUGAGCCAGAGGCGCAGCAAAGAGAAAGAGACUCUCAUGACAUCAAAAGAGGACAUCCGUGAUAACGUCAUUCACUAUGACGAUGAGGGUGGCGGUGAGGCAGACACUCAUGCCUUUGACAUGGGCACUCUACGCAACACACACUCGCAGCGCACCAGCUCUCGCAGCAGCACCUCCAAGAAGGAGAAAAACGGAUAUGGAGACGGGGUUCUGCUGCAUCUCAACAGUCGCUCUGAUGACAUCAGGUCACCUGACAUCCACUGUCAAACUGCCAGCAUUAUUACUGCUAUGAGCAAUAAAGCUCCACUCUCUUCACAUGGCAAAGUGACUGAGGGUGACACUGAAAUGAUCAGGGAGUUCAUUGAACUGCGGCUGGAGGAGAGUCAGCAGGGUUACGCCGCCCCACCCUAUGAUUCACUGGCAACCUACGCCUAUGAGGGUGAUGGUUCGGUGGCCGGCUCACUCAGCUCCAUAGAGGAGUCAUGGGUGAUUGAUGAUUCAGGGGAUUUCAGCUCCCUUGGUGACUGGGGACAGCCAUUUAAAACACUGGCUAGUAUCCUGGACAGGCAGCCUCCUACUUUGAUUGAGGAGAGCUGAGAGGAAGUUGGACUUUGGAUGGCCAUGUGGGAAUUUUUUUUCUAGAAAUUAUUAUUAUCAUUAUUAUUAUUGUUGUUAUUACCAUCUGUUUUACUGUGCUAGGCACUGGCUAGAAUGAUGAAGACUUUUUAGAAAGCUGUCCAUGAGAAGUGGAGUUUUGGACUGCUUAGCAAGAGAGCAGAAAAUCUAGCUACUGUUGCGUGAAGAGGUAAACUUGGUAGCUCCUCAAAGUGCCUGAGGUACUAUAUGUUUACAUGUAUUUUAAUUCACAAUGAUUAAUAAAAAUAUCUCCAAAUUAUAU